AGCACUCGCAGUCGCAGUCGCCGUCACAGUAACAGCAAAUAACAACAGAACAUCGCUGUCGUCGCUGCUGCAGCGCCGUCGCCGCUGACGUCGCCGCAUGCAUACUAUUAAUUUAUUAUACAAAUUGUUUUUAUUUUGAAUAAUGGAUCGUCGUGCAUUGAAGUUUAUGCAAAAAAGAGCGGACACUGAAAGCGAAACAACAGCAACAACAACAAAYACAUCGGCAGCAGCAACAAUUCUAACAACGGCCGCAGCAUCAACAGCAACAGCAACAACAGCAACGACCACAACAUCAACAACAACAACAACUGCGCUACCCCUAAAGGACAAUUCGAAUAUAAGAAGCAGCAGCAGCAACAACGGCAACAGCGACAAGUUGCAAACAGCAACGCAACAGCUACAACAGUUACAGCAGCAACAUAAGCAACAGCAGCAGCAACAACAACAGCAACAGCAACAUAUUGAACGACCGUUAAAGUGUUUGGAGACUUUGGCUCAAAAGGCUGGAAUAACAUUUGACGAGAAAUACGAUUUUGCUAGUCCGCCGCAUCCAGGCAUUGGCAAUAACAACAACAACAACAAUAACAACAACAGCAGUACCAAUAAUAACAACACUAAUAACAAUAACAACAAUAACAACAACAAUAAUAACAACAACAACAACAACAAUACACAAUUGAACAACAAUAAUCACAUCAAAAGCGGCACGCCCACAUCAAUCGCCUCAAAUACAGCGCAAACACCGCGACGCACAGCAACAACACCGACAGCAGCAACAACACCCACAGCGGCAACAACACCCAACAGCAACAGCAACAACAACGCGCGCUCACGCAGCGUUUCGCGUUCGCGUUCACGUUCCAGCACGCCCACAUCGCGUGUAGCAGCAGCGGCAGCGGCAGCAGCAGCAACAUCAGCAGCGACAGCAGCAGCAGCAGCAGCAGCAACAGCAGUUGUUGGCGGCACGCUGGAGAAAUCACAGAGCCCCGCCCAACAGGUGGCAUCCGCUGCGGCGGUGCCACUGCAAAUUUCACCAGAGCAAUUUCAGCAAUUCUAUCCGUAUACGGCCAUACAGGUUAAGCAGGAGUUUCCCACACACAAUGCUAGCGGCAAUAGCAACAAUGUUGUUGGUGGCGGCAACAGCAAUAACGGCGGCGGCGGCAACAACAACAACAGCGGCAACAAUAGUGGCAAUAGCAACGAUCUAAAGCAUGCAGCAAGCCUAUUGGACGCCAGUCAGACGACACAGCUGCAACAGUUGCAGCUGCAACAGUUGUCGGCGGCCGGCGAUGGCAGUGCAGCGGCAUCGAUUGCUGCGGCGGCCGCUGCUGCUGCUCAACAGCAACAACAACAGCAGCAACAACACUCGGCAGCAAUCAGCACAAUGUCGCCAAUGCAGCUGGCUGCUGCCACCGGCGGCGUGCCCGGCGAUUGGGCCAACGGCCGGACAGUGCAGCUGAUGCAGCCCUCGACGGGCUUCAUCUACCCGCAGAUGAUCGUCUCCGGCAACCUAUUGCCGGCAACGCUCGGCCAGCAGCCGAUCCAGGUGAUCGCCAGCAAGCACUUCCAGGGCAGCGGGCCGCAGAUGAUAACGACGACCACGCAGAACGCCAAGCAGAUGAUCGGCGGGCAGGCGAGCUUCGCCGGCGGCACCUAUGCGAUACCCUCGAGCCAGUCGCCGCAGACGCUGCUGAUAUCGCCGGUGAAUGUGAUUUCGCCGCAGCAGCAGAGUCUGCUGCACUCGAUGCAGGCGGCGGCGGCACAGCAGCAACAGCAGCAGCAGCAACAGCAACAGCAGCAACAACAGCAGCAGCAACAACAGCAGCAGCAACAGCAACAGCAGCAGCAGCAAUUGACGCAGCAGCAACAGCUGACUGCGGCUGCUGCCGCCCAGCAGGCCGCUCUCGCCGUCACCGCCUCGAAGGUCGGCCUCACCACCGAUGGCCAGGCCAAGCUGCAGCAGAAGGUGGUGCAGAAGGUGACCACCACAACGAACACGGUGCAGGCGGCCAGCGGUGCCGCUGGCAAUGCCCAGACGCAGCAGCAACAGCAGCAACAGACCACCACACAGCAAUGUGUCCAGGUGUCGCAGUCAACCCUGCCGGGCGUGACGGCUGCCCAGGCGGCGCAGCUCAUCAGUCCGCUGCAGAACGCGGCCACCGGGCAGCAGAUGCAGCUCGGCCCGUGGUUCUGGCCCAAUUUCGGUGCGAAUCCGAUUAUAUUGCGCGGCCAGCCGGAUCAUACGUCGGGCAUGUUCAUACAGCAGCCGGCGACGCAUCAGGCGCUCCAGACCCAACAGAAUCAGAUAAUUCAGUGCAAUGUGACGCAGACGCCGACAAAGGCGCGCGCUCAGCUAGACGCGCUGGCGCCCAAGCAACAGACGCAGCAGCAGCAACAGGCAAACGCCCAGCAACAACAGCAGCAGCAGCAACAACAGCAACAACAGCAGCAGCAGCAGCAGCAGCAACAGUUGACGGCGCAGCUGCAGCGGACAGGUGCGCCCAUCUUGCCACACAAUGGGGCACAGGUGCGGCCAGCCAGUUCGGUGUCCACGCAGACGGCGCAGAACCAGAGCUUGCUCAAGGCGAAGAUGCGCAACAAGCAGCAGCCGGUGCGACCCGCUCUGCCCACCCUGAAGACGGAGAACGGCCAGGUGGGUGCUGGCGGCAACAAGGCGCAGGCCGGACAGGUGAACAGCAAUGCGCUCACCCAGCACUUGGCCGUGCAACAGCAACAGCAGGCGGCGGCAGCAGCAGCAGCAGCGGCCGCUGCCAAUCUGCAUCAGGUGGUGACAACGGCGGGCAACAAGAUGGUGGUCAUGAGCACGGGCACGCCCAUAACACUGCAGAAUGGGCAGACGUUGCAGGCGGGCGGCGUCGAUAAGCAGCAGCAGCAGCAACACCAGCAGCAACAGUUGCAGAUCAUGAAGAAUCAGCAGCUGCACCAGCAGCAGGCACAGCAACAGCAACAGCAGCAACAGCAGCAGCAGCAACAGCAGACGCAGCAAACGCAGCAGCAACAGACGUUGACAAAUGCCACAGCGCAGCAAAUAUUGCAGGUGGCGCCAAAUACGUUUAUUGCCUCGCAGCAGCAGCAGGCACAGCAGCAACAGCAGCAGCAGCAACAGUUGCACAAUCAACUGCUGCAGCAUCAAUUGCAGCAGGUGCAGCAGCAGCAACAGGCGCAACAGCAGCAGCAGCGCGAGCAUCAACAAAAUAUCAUUCAGCAAAUUGUGGUGCAACAGUCGCAGCCGACACAGCAGCAGCAGCAGCAGCAACACCAACAGCAGCAGCAACAGCAACAGCAGCAGCAACAGCAGCAGCAGCAAGCACAGCAACAACAGUUGCAGCUAACCAGCGUGCCGUUCUCUGUCAGCUCAACGACAACACCCGCGGGCAUUGCCACCUCGAGCGCCUUGCAGGCGGCUUUGUCCGCCUCGGCGGGCACAGUCUUUCAAACCACUGCCAAGACGAGCAACUCAAUGCCGAGCAGCAGCGUCGUCACCAUCAGCAACCAGGGCACUGGGCCGCUGGUAACCAGCAGCACGGUCGCCAGCCUGCAGCAGCAGGCGCAGCAAUUGCAGCAACAGCACCAACAGCAGCAGCAGCAACUCAUUACGGCUAGCCUAGCGGCGGCUACUCAGCACCAGCAGCAGCAGCAGGCACAGCACUCACCCACACAGAAUCCCAUACUGGCCAUGACAUCCAUGAUGAAUGCAACAGUUGGUCUGCCAGCGACAACAGCAACGCCGACGGUCAGCACGGCGCUGGUGACGCUCAGCAAUAGCAACAGCAUAACAUCACAACCAGCCACGCCCACCAAGAGCGUAAGCAUGAACAGCAGCCAGGAGACGACGCCCAAGCAGCAGCAGCAGCAGCAGCAGCAGCAGCAGCCAACGGCAACAUUGGUGCCCAUCGAAUCGUCGCUGACAGCAGCCGAAGCGCACAAAGCCAGCGUCGACUCGAGCAGCUCCACGGCAACAACGACAACAACAACAGCAGCAGCUGAGGCGCUGCACAACGGCGAUGCCAGCGAGUCCACCAAGCUAACAGCAACAGCUGCUGUUGUCAAGCAAAGCAAUGCAGUGUUGCCCAGCAGCAGCAGCGGCAACAGCAGCAGCAGCAGCAGCAAAGAGGACAAGAGCAGCAACAGCAGCAAUAAUGUGAGCAGCACAGCGUCUACCAAUGGCAUUGCCAGCAGCGGAUUGCGUGCGAGCAGCGGCAGCGGCAGCAGCACAACAACCACAUCGACAACAACAACGACGAGCAACAGCAGCAGCAACAACAGCAGCAGCAACAGCAAUGGCAAAGACCUGCCCAAGGCAAUGAUCAAGCCGAAUGUCUUGACGCAUGUCAUCGAUGGCUUCAUCAUACAGGAGGCGAACGAGCCCUUUCCGGUCACCCGGCAGCGCUAUGCGGACAAGGAUGACAAGGACGAGCCGCCCAAGAAAAAAGCAGCGCUGCARGAAACGGAUCUCAAGUCGAGUGCAGCAGCAGCGGGGACAGCGACAGCGGCUGCAACAACGACAACCACAACUACCACUGGACAGGCAACAGUUGCUGCUGGUGGUGGCGCUGCUGCUGUGGGCGGCCCAUUGGCUGGCCUGCCCGCCGACAUGGUGGCGUGUGAGCAGUGCGGCAAGCCGGAGCAUCGCAGCAAGCUGAAACGCAAGCGGUAUUGCUCGCCGGGCUGUGCGCGCCUGGCCAAAACGAGCAACAGCAACGCGAGCAGCAACAGCAACUCGAACAGCAACAACAACAGCAAUGGCAGCGGCAUCGGCAUGGUUGGCGCCGACGCAAUGGCGCUGGCCGACAAACUGGACGAAUCGCUGGCCGAGGAGAAGAUGCAAACGGAUGCGCUGAGCCCGGACCCGGGCAUGAUCAUAGCCGAGCUGCCGGCGACGGCAACGGUGGCAAUUGCCGCAGCCGCUGUCACAGCGCUGCCAGCAACAGCGGCUGCCACGCCCACCAGCAGCAGCAGCAGCAGCAGCAACAGCAACAACAUUGCCAUUGCCAUUGCGCCGAUCUCGAGCUGGAGCGUGGAUGAGGUUAGCGAAUUUAUACGCAAGCUGCCCGGCUGCCAGGACUACGUGGAUGACUUUGUGCAGCAGGAAAUCGAUGGGCAGGCGCUGCUGCUGCUCAAGGAGAGCCACUUGGUGAGUGCGAUGGGCAUGAAGCUGGGGCCGGCGCUCAAAAUCGUCGCCAAAGUGGAGUCCAUGAAGGAGGUGAAUCUGCCCGCUGUCAACGAUGUGGCCAAGGAUGCCCAGCAAUAGUGCACAGUGCGAGCAAGGGCUGAUGUUGCUCCUGUCGCUGGCAGCAGCAGCAGCAGCAGCAGCAGAAGGAGCAACAGCAGGAGCAGGAGCAGCAGCAGCAGCAGCGAUAGCUCUGCCACAUCUCUAUCGUUGCUAUCGCCCACCUACUCCAUAACACCGCCGCCGUAUUCGCCCGUCUAAAUUGGCGCUGGUCUAACCAGUUGUUGUUGGUGUUGUUGUUGGAGUUGUAGUCGGAGUUUAUCGUGAAUGUGAUUCACAUUAGCUAAACUAGCUAAGACUUCAACCAGCCCCCCUCCCACCUCCCAUCCCCCAUCCACGCACUCCCAGCUCAACAUCUUAGGCAUUCCCACGCCCCCUCCCUCGCUGCUGUCUCAUAGUCUCUAAACUUAACUUUAAUGUAGCUGCAAAUUUGUAAGGCCAAUGGUAUGAUAAACAUGAUUCGAGUACUACAACUAGGCUAAGUUAAAUCCACUUAACACCCUCAUCUAGCUUUAGUCUAUAUAGCUUAUAGAUAGAUAUAUGAAGCCAUCCCCUCACCCCUCACACACACAUACCCAUCAAUUGUACAAUCGAGAGCAUUCAAAAAAGAAAACAAAAAUUUUCUUCAACGUUUUUAUAAAAAAAAAAA